GUGAAAAGGGAACCGGAGGAGAAGCCGGAGGAGACGCCAGGGGAGACACCAGGGGAGACGCCGGAGGAGAAGCCGGAGGAGGAAGGGAGCGCUGCCGGGGGCCCGGAGGGAAGGGUGGAGGUGAAGAAGGAGAGGGAGGAAGAGGAGGAGGGGAGUAAGAAGGAGAUGGGUCGCCUGGUGAUGACGGUCGAUGGAGAACAGAAGCAGCUCAGCUUCGGCCCCGAAGACCUGCUGAGCACCUCCACCAUGCUGGACGGGGACCAGGUUCGCUUCAACAUCGCCACCAACCACGAGACCAAAGUGGAGCGAGCAACCUUCGUGGAGAUCCUCCCCGCCUCCUUUGAGGAGUCCACGGAGCAACGGAGACACGGCAUCGUGAUCGAGUUCCUGGAGGACUCGGGGCUCAUCAAGUGCGCCCAGAACCCUCAGCUCUACUUCCACAUGUCCGAGGUGAUCGAGAAGAAGAAGCUGGAGCUCAACGAGAAGGUCGAGUUCAGCGUCGUCCCCCACGAGACGGCAGAGGGGGGGCACCAGGCCAUCAGGAUCAAACGCUUCACAGAGAGCGUCUUCCUCCCCUUCAGGAAGCUGGGGGGGGUCGGGGCCACCAAAGGGAAGAUGACCAUCAAGCUGGCGAAGGCUUCAGACGACGCCGAGAAGGAGAACCCGGACGCAGACAAGCUGAAGGCCGUGGUGAAGAACCUGAGGACCCAGGACAGCAAGGCCGGCGUGGGCCGGCGGGACAAUGGCGCCGCCCGGCGGAGGUACGGCAGGAGCCGGAGCAGGAGCCCCAGUAGGAGUAGAGGCAGGACCAGGAGCAGGAGUCCGCCCAGAGACCAAUUCGGUCGUAUCAUCAAGAAGAGACACAGCCCCAGCGUGGACCGGGACCGCAAGAGCAGCCGGAACCGGCGCAGCCGCAGCCGAGAGAGAUCGAACCGGCGCACCAGGACCCGGAGCCGGACCAGGACCCGGAGCCGCAGCUCCAGCAGGAGCCGGAGCCGCAGCCGCGAGAGGAGCAAAGACCGAGGCGUCAAGAAGAAGAAGAUCAGCAGAGAGCGCGAAGACAGCUACAAGAGGAGGAGGGAGGAGAGCCCCCCCCCCAGGCGGGGCGUCGUCGUGGACGACGAGCUGGCGAGGAAGAAGCGCGAGCUGGAGGAGCUCAACGACAUGAUCGCCUACAAGAAGUCUCUGGUGGACCCGGGUCAGAGAACCUGCAUCGACUACGACCACGGCCGGAUCGCCGUCCCCCUGACGGAGUACAAGCCAGUCCGCUCCAUCCUGAAGAAGCGGCCCGAGGGGCCCGAGUACCUCGAUCGCCCCCCCCAGGCCUACGACGAUCCGUACUACGACCGCCCGUACCCCCCCUACCCAGACCGGCGGUACGAAGACCGCUACGCUGACCCCUACGCCAGCUGUUCCUACACCGAUCUUCCCUACGCCGAGCGUCCCUACGGCGACCGCCCAUACGAGAAGCCGCUCUAUGAACCGGCCUACGGGGGCCCCCCGUCCGCCGGCCCCCGCUACACAGACCGCUACAGCGUCUACGAGGAAAACCUGGAUGAUCGCUACUACGACCCGGCGUACGGAGGGAGACCGUACGAAGUCCCCGUCAAACGCAGCCGGUCUCCAGAACCCCACGGCCCCUCACCCCCUUCUCAAGUUCUUGUUGCCCCCACCCAACCACCCAUGACGCACAUGGCUGCCAUCUCAUCUUCCCAGUCCUCCUACAGACCCCCUUCCCCCAGAGAACCGCCUCCUAGAAGCCCCUCGCCCAAACUGAAGACCACACACGUGGCCCCUCCCGCUCUAAAACAACCCCUCGAUCGCUUCCUCGACAUGCUCAAUAAGAAGGUGGAUGCUGAGAAGAAAUCUGAACCUGUGCCGGCCCCUGUCCCGGUUCCUGUACCCGUUCAUGUGAAUGACGACCUUCUCCCCCAUGAGCGUGCGAUUCAAGAUGGCCGCGGUUUCUCUCGGAUUGUGGGAUUUUCUCAAGAGCAACCCAGCAGCAGUCUGGGUCUAGAAGGGACAAAGUCCCAGCUGAGUCCUGGAAGGUCUCCGGUGGAGAGGACUAAUGAGGAACCCAAGACCAAGACAGAAGAACCCUACGACAAGAUCCAAAGUCUCCUCCGAACGAUCGGCCUGAAGCUAAGUACCGGAGAUAUGUCCAAACUGGCGAGCAGGGCCCAGGAGAAAAUCUACAGCCCCAAGUCCCAAUCCACAGAACGAGAGACUUUGUCAUCAGCAAGAGAGGAACUGCAGACAAGAAGACCCGGUUCCGUUGAAUCGGACCACUCCCCUUCGCCGGCCAGGGCCUCCAGCUUGGAGCCGCUCAGCAGAUCCCAAGCGGUCUCAGAGUACGAAGGAUUCCUAGACCAGCAGGAACUGGAGGCACUGAAGAAGGCGCAGCAGCUGCAGAGUCUUACAAAGACAAUGGUGAGCACCCCCCCCACCACCCCCUCCCAAAACCCCCCCCUGGGCCCCCGCCUGCACAGUACCAACUUCCACCACUACCAACCAACUGGCCCCUUGGAGUCUCGACCCAGGUCCCCCCAGAACAGAGCCUCACAGUCCCAGAAACACCCCAGAUAUUUGGACUUCCUGCAGGACCCCCCCCUGGACCCCCUCCACGGCGUCCGGGGCAGCCUCCUCCAGGACCGCCUCCUGGACCUCCCCCCCGGCGCCCCCCUGGACAGCCCCCCUUUGCUCCACCCUCCAGCCAUGCGGUAUUUCCUUUCAUCAGCAAACACCCUGUGACUUCCCCCUCCUCCAGUUCUUCACCGUCUCCAACACCGCCGUCUUCCACGCCCACGACGUUGGGUCCCGGUAACGGUAACCAGGCAACCAUCUCCACGACGGUGGCCAGGUGCCUGAAGGUCAUCGAGACGGUGAAAUCACUGGCGGUGCAGCCGCCGGCCAAACCGGUCAAAUCUGUCCAGUUCAGUUUACCCACGGUGUCUCCGUCAGACUCGAGUCCUCAGACCUCGACGGAGACGGACGAGGACAUAAAGACCAAGCAGAAAGAAAAG